GACUUGGCUCGCUGGAAGAGUCGUCGAAGGAGUGCUUCACAGGAUUUAAUUAAAAAAGAAGCUGAGAGAAAGAAAAUGGAAAGGUUAUUGUCUGGAGAUGGAACAAAUGAGCGCAGAAAAAGCAUCAAAACCUACCGAGAAAUUGUGGAAGAGAAAGAGAGAAGAGAGCGGGAGCUUCAUGAGGCAUACAAGAAUGCAAAGUCACAGGAGGAGGCUGAGAGCAUCCUGCAGCAGUACAUCGAAAGAUUCACUAUCAGUGAAGCUGUCCUUGAGCGUUUGCAGAUGCCAAAAAUUUUGGAAAGAAGCCAUUCAGUGGAGCCAAAUUCCCCACUGAAAGACCCAAAUCCCCUGAGAUAUUUAAGGCAGCAGUCGCUGCCUGCUCCAAAAUUCACUGCCACCAUUGAAGCAACCAUUGUUCCCAGUGCUGAACUAGAGCCCAGUGGUUCGACGGGCCGCACAUCUCCCAACAAGAGCAUUGUCUCCAAGGCAGUGCCUAUGCUGACACCCAAGCCUUACUCACAACCCAAAAAUACACAGGAAGUUUUAAAGAACUUCAAGGUAGAUGGAAAAGUCAGCAUGAAUGGAGAAAAUUUCAACGGUGUGGAAGAGAAGGAUAAAGAGUGUACAACAGUAAUAUUUACUCCUUCACCAAGCAGAUCGCUGAAAUGUGACGGAGUAGCCAGAGGGGACAGGCCCUCAAUAGAGUUGAAGAAGGACCCUGCAAGAGUUGAGCUUGGUUUACAGAGGCCUGCCACUCAGAGUGUGCACAAAGAGCCGACAGCCUGCCCAGUGGAAGCAGAUACAGCCACCAGCAAGCAGGUUGAGGCCAGCCCUGGAAGUGCAGGACCUAUGAGUCUGGCGUGCCCAUCCCCAGGUUCAGAUCAAAAGCAAUUCAAGUCAACUGCAGCUUGUGCCAGCCCUGUUGUGAAGAGAUUAGAAUUUCUUCCCAGUCCUGUCCCUUCAGAGGAAGCUGCUUCAAAUGAGAAGGAUGUGAAGAAACCUGAAAUGGAGCAGCAGAAGGAAGCAGAGUUCCCUACUACACCAGAGGAGAAGUACCAGAAGGAGCAGGACAAGCUGAAAGAGGAAUGGGAAAAGGCCCAGAGAGAAGUUGAAGAGGAGGAGCGUAGAUACUAUGAGGAGGAACGUAAGAUAAUUGAGGACACUGUAGUUCCAUUCAUUGUUUCUUCAAACUCUGCUGAGCUCCUCUCCUCUUCUUCCUCUGCCACUGAAGGAAACAAGACAGGGAGCACAACUGAUUCAAACAUCUCUCCAGAAGAAGGCAAACAAAAAGAAGAUCCAAGGCAGAAAAAGCUGCUCUGGGCACAAGACAGUAUGCCAUCUCUGAAAAGCAAAGAAAAUGAACUCUGGCAAGAAAAGAGGAGUGGAAAUAAAGUGCUCUCAGGACACCCAGAGACGGAUAUCUUGAAAAGAGGUGAACAGGAGCAGCAGGUGCUGGUAACGGAGCACAGCUCACCUGCCAGGCUGAAUCUGCCAUUGACUCAGGAAACUGAGAUUCAGCAGCGGGACAUCUCCUGGAAUCAGCAGUUGCUGACAAAGCAGUCCCCGCAUCACACAGAGGACAUUCGGCAGAGACCGUUCGUGGGCCAGAGUGCAGGACAACAGCCAAGCUCCACAGCCGAAAUGAGGAGGUCAGGCUAUCAUGAGAACUUCAGAUCUGGGCCAUCAUCUCCCUGCUCUCCUGCUGCUCCAAGUCAGUCACCCAACAGGUACAAGAGGUCAAUAAGGAAUUUUGCAGACCGAAUGCAUCAUGUAGUUGCUAGUGAACUGUCACAGU